AAAUUUAACGUAAUGGCGCGAACCAAGCAGACGGCUCGUAAAUCCACCGGAGGUAAAGCUCCCAGGAAGCAAUUAGCCACGAAGGCUGCCCGUAAAAGUGCUCCUGCUACUGGCGGAGUUAAGAAACCUCACCGUUAUCGUCCGGGAACUGUGGCUCUCAGAGAAAUUCGUCGUUAUCAGAAAAGUACCGAAUUGUUGAUCAGAAAAUUGCCUUCCAACGGCUGGUCCGUGAAAUAG